AUGGAGUACGUCUUCCUCUGGGUCACGCCCUUCCCAGACGAUUUCUGGACGAAGGUCGUCGCCGCCUGCGUAGUCUGGCCCGCCACCAAAGUGAAUGCAUGGUUCCAGUUCCGGCGCGACAUCGCCAUACGCGCGGCGAAGCAGAAGCGCGAGCCGCACCCGUUCCGGAAGCCGCAGGAGCUCGUCCCGCGCGCGGUCGACGGCCGGACGGUUGACAUGCGCUGCAUCGCGCUCACGGACGGGAAGCCGUGGACGGACGUGCGCUUCGCGCGGCUGGUGAACCACCGCUUCGACAGCGUCGCGGAGAGGUGGAACGAGCGCAUCACGAAGAUGGAGUACGAGGCGAACCUGAUGGCCGAGUACCGCGAGCAGACGACUCGCAGCGAGCACUGA